AUGAAGCCCUGCCGUGAAUCACAAGAGAGCGUGGCAGCAGCGCGAGUGCGGGUGAGGCACGAGCUGUACGCACCCAUCGAGCCGUAUCGGUCCGGCACGCUGGCUGUGUCUGACGUGCACACUGUAUACUGGGAAGAGAGCGGCAACCCCAAAGGCCAGAGCGUGGCAGCAGCGCGAGUGCGGGUGAGGCACGAGCUGUAUGCGCCCAUAGAGCCGUAUCGGUCCGGCACGCUGGCUGUGUCUGACGUGCACACUGUAUACUGGGAAGAGAGCGGCAAUCCCAAAGGCCAGCCUGUGAUCUUCCUGCACGGAGGCCCAGGGGGCGGCACCUCCCCGGCCAACAGGCGGUUCUUUGACCCGACGUUCUUCCGCAUCAUCCUCCUGGACCAACGGGGGGCGGGCAGGAGCACUCCCCACGCUUGCUUGGAGGAGAAUACCACGUGGCACCUCGUGGAGGAUAUUGAGACGCUGAGGAAACACCUGGGUGUUGAUAAGUGGCUGGUGUUUGGAGGGUCAUGGGGCUCCACUCUCUCGCUCGUGUAUGCAGCCACUCAUCCAGACAGGGUCGCAGGCUUGAUUCUGCGGGGAAUCUUUUUGUUGAGGAGGAAGGAGGUGGAGUGGUUCUAUCAGAAGGGGGCUGAUUCCAUCUUCCCUGAUGGUGAGACCAAGACGGGAGUGACACCCCCACUUCCCCCUUCCCCCUCCGCCCCCCCAUACAGUGACACCCCCACUUCCCCCUUCCCCCUCCGCCCCCCCAUACAGAGUUCACGUGCAGCGUUUGACAGAUAUCAGGAGUUCAUUCCCUCCCAAGGAGGAGCAGCACAAUAUGAAAGUGGCAGCAGCGCGGCACUGGACGGAGUGGGAGAUGGCCACCAGCUACCUGCUGCUGCUGCUGCUGCUGCUGUUGCUGCUGCUGCUUAUGUCCUCUCCCUCCCUCUUGCCAUCACACCAGGUGGCGGCAGCGAGGCACUGGACGGAGUGGGAGAUGGCCACCAGCUACCUGCUGCUGCUGCUGCUGCUGCUGUUGCUGCUGCUGCUGCUUAUGUCCUCUCCCUCCCUCUUGCCAUCACACCAGGUGGCGGCAGCGCGGCACUGGACGGAGUGGGAGAUGGCCACCAGCUACCUGCUGCCCAAUGA